UCCGCAUCUCCGCUUUGCCGUCAGAGCAGCCCCAGCCUCCCACUCGGGCUCAACUCCUCUCUUCUCUGCACCAGAAAGGAGCAGUCUCAUCUCUCCUUCUCUUUUAUAUCUUUGCUCGCUCUCUGUCAGUUAGUGUGUGUGUUCAGAAUGAGGUUAGCAGCACCAGUAGCACCAGCAGCAGCGGCAGCAGCAGCAGUAGAUAGAAACAGCAGAGGCACAGUUACUGCAGUAACCAGGAGAGGCUGUCCUUCAGCUGUGCACCAUCUACUGCUGCAUUCACCCCUGCCCUGAGAACACAGCGCUCAUUCCUGUGCUCUCUUUCCAACUGCUCCUCCCUCACUUCUCCGAAUUCAUCUCUUGAAUUUGUUCCCCUUCUCUCUUUCUCUUUCUCUGUAACAGUGAUGGGGAGGACCACCAUGUAGAAGCAGAGAGGCAACGGAGGCAAGAAAGGAAUAGCAGCAAUGGGAAGCUACACAUGGAGUGGGUCUGGACCGCAGCCGUGGUGAGCCUGAGAGCUACAGGACUUGAAACCACUAUCAUUGCCCUUCUCAGGACCUAACCACUGGGGCUGUCCAGUGCUUACCUGGAUGCUUCCCACUUGUGAUUUGUCAUCUUGAUCCCCCCUCCCCACCCCCCUGCUUCGUUGCUGUCUUUCCCCCACUCCUGUUUCUUCUCUUGGAUGAUUUUUGGUCUGUGUGUCCUGAAGCCGAGGCUACUCAUCAAUUCACCCUUACGGAUUUUUUCCCCCCAUCUUUUUUUUUUUUUCCUAAUCACCUUCUUUACCCACAAGAGAUACUGCUUUUUGUCAGUGUUGGCUGCUUCUAAACAAAUUUGGAUUCUUUUUUAAUGAGUCUUAGCUCUGGUGUGGAAUCCUUUGUUCAAUAAGCAAUAACAAACCCAAAUCUAACUGAUUUGACUAGCUGACAUCAUGGGGGACAUGUCAAAUAGCGAUUUCUAUGCCAAGAACCAAAGAAAUGAGGGCAGCCAUGCAGCGGGCUUUGGCUGCACGGUCAUGGAGCUGCGCUCGUUGAUGGAGCUGCGUGGCGCGGAGGCUAAGCACAAGCUCCAGGAGGACUACGGAGAAGUAGAGGGACUGUGUAAAAGAUUGAAAACAUCGCCUACUGAAGGUCUUGCUGGUGUCCAAACCGACUUGGACAAAAGAAAAGAAAUAUUUGGUAAAAACUUGAUACCUCCAAAAAAGCCAAAAACCUUUCUACAGCUAGUAUGGGAGGCGCUACAGGACGUUACUCUAAUAAUCCUCGAGAUUGCUGCCAUCAUCUCACUGGGCCUCUCCUUCUACCACCCUCCUGGAGAGAGCAGCGGACAGGUGUGUGGUGCAGCGGCGGGUGGAGUGGAGGAUGAAGGCGAGUCAGAGGCCGGCUGGAUCGAGGGUGCAGCCAUCCUCUUGUCUGUAGUGUGUGUAGUUCUAGUGACUGCGUUCAAUGACUGGUCCAAAGAGAAGCAGUUCCGUGGACUCCAGAGCAGAAUUGAGCAAGAGCAAAAAUUCCAGGUGGUCCGAGGCAGCCAGGUCAUACAGCUGCCCGUGGCUGACAUUGUAGUAGGGGACAUCGCACAGAUCAAAUAUGGUGAUCUUCUCCCGGCUGAUGGAGUGUUGAUUCAGGGCAAUGACCUGAAAAUUGAUGAAUCGUCACUGACCGGAGAGUCCGACCAUGUCAAAAAGUCUACAGACAAAGAUCCCAUGUUGUUGUCUGGUACACAUGUCAUGGAGGGGUCAGGACGCAUGGUGGUGACUGCGGUUGGUGUGAACUCCCAGACCGGUAUCAUCUUUACUUUACUGGGGGCCAGCACAGAAGAAGAGGAAAAGAAAGAAAAGAAAGAAGGGGCAGUGGAAGAUGGACAUCAGAAUACAGACUGCUCCCAUCCCCCUAUCCACCCCAUUGCAACUAUUGCCACGGAUGGGGCUGCAGGCAUUAAUGCCCCUGGCAGUGCCAGCCUAAUUAAUGGUAAAAUGCAGGAUGGCAAUUUGGAGAACAACCAGAUAAAAGUUAAGAAACAGGAUGGAGCAGCUGCCAUGGAAAUGCAGCCCUUAAAGAGUGCUGAAGGCGGAGAGGCCGACGAAAAAGAGAAGAAGAAAGUGUCAGCUCCAAAGAAAGAGAAGUCUGUGCUGCAAGGGAAGCUGACCAAACUGGCUGUCCAGAUUGGCAAAGCAGGUUUGAUCAUGUCAGCUAUUACAGUCAUCAUCUUGGUCCUGUAUUUCUGCAUUGACAACUUUGUGAUGAACAAGCGUCCCUGGAAGCAAGAGUGUACUCCUAUCUACGUCCAGUACUUUGUGAAAUUCUUUAUCAUCGGUGUGACGGUGUUGGUGGUGGCCGUACCAGAGGGCCUUCCGCUGGCUGUGACUAUCUCACUGGCGUACUCUGUAAAAAAAAUGAUGAAGGACAACAACCUUGUGCGUCACCUAGAUGCCUGUGAAACAAUGGGCAAUGCCACAGCCAUCUGCUCUGACAAGACGGGUACCCUAACCACCAACCGCAUGACUGCUGUGCAGUGCUACGUUGGCGAUGUGCACUACAAGAAGAUUCCAGAUCCUGGAGUGUUACCACCCAAAUCACUGGACUUACUUUACUAUGCCAUCUCCCUUAACAGCGCCUACACCUCAAAGAUACUGCCUCCAGAUAAGGACGGAAGUCUUCCGAAGCAGGUUGGAAACAAAACAGAGUGUGGUCUGCUGGGAUUGGUCCUGGAACUGAAGAGGGAUUACCAGACGAUCCGGAACCAGAUCCCAGAGGAAAAGCUGUACAAAGUCUAUACCUUCAACUCAGUCAGGAAGUCCAUGAGCACCGUCAUCAAACUUCCUGAUGGGAGUUUCCGCAUGUACAGCAAAGGAGCAUCUGAGAUUAUCCUCAAAAAAUGCAAUCAAAUUCUGAAUGAAGUUGGGGAACCACGAGCUUUCCGUCCACGAGACAAAGAUGAGAUGGUUAAGAAGGUCAUUGAGCCAAUGGCCUGUGAUGGUCUAAGAACAAUCUGUGUGGCGUAUCGUGACUUUCCCCGUAAUCCAGAGCCCAACUGGGAUGAUGAGAACAACAUCCUUAAUGACCUAACAGCUAUCUGUAUUGUGGGAAUAGAGGAUCCUGUCAGACCAGAGGUGCCCGACGCCAUUCAGAAGUGUCAGCGUGCAGGCAUCACUGUACGCAUGGUAACAGGGGAUAACAUCAACACGGCCAGGGCCAUAGCCAUCAAGUGUGGGAUCAUCCAUCCAGGAGAGGACUUUCUCUGCAUAGAUGGGAAAGAGUUCAACAGAAGGAUCCGCAAUGAGAAAGGAGAGGUGGAACAAGAGCGUAUUGACAAGGUCUGGCCCAAACUCAGAGUACUCGCCAGAUCAUCGCCAACUGACAAACACACUCUUGUCAAAGGCAUUAUUGACAGCACUAUGGUGGAUCAGAGACAGGUUGUGGCUGUGACAGGGGACGGAACCAAUGAUGGACCUGCUCUGAAAAAAGCAGAUGUUGGGUUUGCCAUGGGUAUAGCCGGUACGGAUGUGGCCAAGGAGGCCUCGGAUAUCAUCCUCACUGACGAUAACUUCAGCAGUAUUGUGAAAGCAGUCAUGUGGGGCCGAAAUGUUUACGACAGUAUUUCCAAGUUUCUUCAGUUCCAGCUCACUGUCAAUGUUGUGGCUGUUAUAGUAGCGUUCACUGGUGCCUGCAUCACACAGGACUCGCCUCUCAAAGCGGUGCAGAUGUUGUGGGUAAAUCUCAUCAUGGAUACGUUUGCAUCUCUGGCCCUGGCGACAGAGCCCCCCACAGAGUCUUUGCUGAGAAGGAAGCCAUACGGUCGUAACAAGCCUCUGAUCUCCAGCACUAUGACCAAGAACAUCUUAGGACACGCAGUCUAUCAGCUCGUCCUCAUCUUCACGCUCCUUUUUGUUGGUGAGCAGAUGUUUGACAUUGAUAGUGGCCGUAAUGCUCCCCUCCAUGCUCCUCCAUCUGAGCACUACACCAUCAUCUUCAACACCUUUGUCAUGAUGCAGCUGUUUAAUGAAAUAAACGCCCGCAAGAUACACGGAGAAAGGAAUGUGUUUGAUGGUAUCUUCGGGAACCCCAUCUUCUGCUCCAUUGUUUUGGGUACAUUUGUUGUGCAGGUUAUAAUCGUGCAGUUUGGAGGGAAGCCAUUCAGCUGCCACCCUCUGAGUUUGGAACAGUGGAUGUGGUGUGUUUUUAUCGGACUGGGAGAGCUUGUCUGGGGACAGGUGAUAGCCUCCAUACCGAACAGCAAGUUGCGGUUCCUGCGUCGAGCAGGUCAGUUAACUCAGAAGGACGAGUUACCCGAGGAGGACGUGAGUGAAGAGAAUCAAGAGAUUGACCACGCUGAAAGGGAGCUGAGGAGAGGACAAAUCCUGUGGUUCAGAGGUCUAAACCGCAUUCAAACUCAGAUUGAAGUAGUCAACACCUUCAAGAGUGGCACCUCCUUUCAGGGGGCAGGAGCUCUGAGACGCCAGUCAUCCACCACCAGCCAGACGCAGGAUAUCCGAGUUGUGAACGCAUUCCGUAGCUCCCUUUAUGAAGGCCUGGAAAAACCUGACUCCAGAUCAUCCAUACACAACUUCAUGACACACCCAGAGUUUAGGAUAGACGACUCCACACCUAGUAUUCCCCUCAUUGAUGACACGGACGACGACUCCGCACGGAGGAGGGGGAUAUACUCCAGUCAGCCUUCGUCUCCCAACAAGAACAACAACGCCAUUGACAGUGGUAUCAACCUCACCAUCGACACGAGUAAAUCUGCUGCUUCCUCUAGCCCCGCCAGUCCUCUGCACAGCUUGGAGACCAGCCUCUAACCCAGAUCCAAAACUAAGCUCCAACCUUUUAAGUAAUUCCCCUGCGGCCCAAGGCCUCCUUCUCCUGCUUGCCUAGACUUGUAACUGUUAACGUUUACUCCUCACCCCCACCCACCUCCAAAGCACCAUUCAUCUCUUGAGGAAGGUUUGCUCCUUUGGAAAUAACAUUCAUCUCCCUCCUGUAACCUUAAGCUUGUCUACUCCUCUGUGAAAAAAAAUGAAGCAAUUCCCAUUGAAAUGGCAAGUUUAAACAAAUAACAACAAAACAAAAACCUAACAUACAAUCCAUACAGCUCAAUUAAGCCACAGAACCUACACAGCCAUCCUGCUUUUGUGGUUGCAUGUUUAUGGUGGCAGCCUUGGUGGUGUGUAAGACUUGAAUGCUUGUACUGGUUAGCAUGUACUGUAUAAAGGUGCGGUUGGCUGCACCUUUGUAUGAACUGUGUCUUCUGUGGCACCAGGAGGGAGGACAAUGAGGAGGGUCAACCACAAAACAGACUCUAUGCUCUCCCUAAACUCCUCUUCAGUAAUAACAUUGUUAAUACAAAUACAGUAAUAGUUUCAUUUAAAUUGAAAACUGUUGUUAUUAUUCUAACUCUGAUUCUCAUUAUUAUUGCUACUAUUCUUAUUGCUCCUGCAUGAAUGUACAUUAACCCAAGUUUAUUUUAAAAGAAAGUUUUAUUUUCUUGGAAGUAAUUUUGUGCUGACUUGCUGGGUCUCACUGCGGACUACUAGAAAAAAAAAACCAACAGCUUCUCUGAGUUCCCCGGCCUGCAAAGUUCCCUUUCUGUGUGGCAUGAACAUACUGGACUCUAAGAAAAAACAAUUUCUAUCAUCCAUAAACAAAAACGUAUGUGGGGGUGGUAGGGCCAAACUUGCACAGUGGAUUUGCACCUGUUGAGAAGGAAGAACGCAUACUUAAAAAAAAGAUGAUAGCAUUUAUGGGAUAUAUUAUAUACAUAUAAAUUCAUAAAAGUAUAUUUAGAGAGAGUCUAUCUUUGUUGGCAUGUUGCCUUGUUUCUGCUUCAAUGACUCCAAUUACUUUGACUUAUUUAUGUCUUAAACAGAAUGUAAUUGUUUACAACCUCGUAGAGAUACACUUCCUGGUUUCUAAUGGAAUGGGGGUGAAGUUGGAGCUCAGAUUUGUGUUGAUGUAUUAUUACAGCGACUAUGUGUUGGAAAUUGCCUGCUAUAUUGUCAAACAAUGUAGAUAUUUUUAGAGGGUUAACAGCAGUCUUAGUAUCUUAGAAUUCUGAGUUCACCUUGGAAUCUCAUUAUUACUCUGAACGAUUGUUGGGAUCAGACAGGAGCGACUCGCCUUUGUUUUUUCUUACUUGAGGCCUCCUUUUUGUCAAAGAGGAGGGUAUUUGCUUCUUUGCUCACUUCUCUAUCUUCUUUUAAAGCAGUUUUGUUUUUGCUGUGCUUCAGCUCUGACCUGGGGUCAGUGUUUGAGUAAAAGGUUUUUAUCAGGUCUGUCAUUUAGGUAAACCUGCUUGUUCUAAGGACUUGAUGUUUUAAAGAUAUCUGUGACCUUUCGAAAGCUGCAGUUGAGCUUUGUUAGAAAUCCAAGUUCGAUUUGGCUUACUUGUAUCACAAGAGAAGCAGACAUCUUUGUUCAAAACUUGCAAUAUAUCUUUGUUUUUUCUAUUUAUUUUGAUUUAAAGACAUUUGUUUCCAUCUAAACACACACAGCCCCACUAAGCUGUUGGCAUUUUUCAAACAUAUGGGGAGAAAAAAACACCAAAAGACAAAAAAAAGAAAAAAAAAAGAAAGAAAACCCUAAACAAAUUACUACAAUGGAAUGUUGCUUUGACUCUUUUCUAUAUGUAUACAUACAAAAGGAGAUUUUCUGCACUAUCUGGUUAUGAAUGAAAACUUCUGUGGUGUAACUCUAGAUGUGCUUUUGUGUGUUUUAACCAAGCUUGUCUUCCUGCCGUAAACAGAAUCUACAGUACUCUAGCAUCUCCGCUGUACUCACUAGUUGUAAUCUAUUUAUUGUACUUUGAGCAGCCAGACAUUACCAGAGAGAAUUUACAUGCGGAAGGCACAUUUACACAUCUUAUUGCACUCAGAGGGCAAGGCCACUAAACUAGCCUCUACGAUUGUUACUAUAACUAACUGAAGUCAGUGGCGAGCAUGAUGUGAUGAAGUAGGCUCAUUAUGCAAUUUGAAAAAAAAAAACUAUCCUGUAGACAGAAUAAGCAAUCAUUUAUACAAGCAGUUCUACCUUCUUCUUUCUUUCUUUGUCCUUUUUUACACUCCUCUUCUGCCAUUGCACAGUUGAUCUGUCCACAAGCUUUACAAGUCAGCUCAGGCAUGUCAAAAACGUAACCAUCCGAAUAAAACCUGUCUUAUUUAAGUUGGAGAACAAAUCGCAUUGGAUUCUGAUAUUUACUUCAGAAGCUGUUAAUUGAUUUAUUUUGUUCUUUCCAAUGUGACAAUUUGUUUAUUUGAUUAAAAAACCUGACAGUUUGUUUUAUUUGUCUGUAAAGAUUUAAAAGAAAAAAUCCUGAAAUAAAAAAUGAAGACUAUAGUUUAUUUCAGUAUAAAAAUAAAUAACACCUACAUUCUCAAACCACUUUCACAUUGCAGAGGAUAUUCAGCUUUAAGAAGAUGCAGUGAUAAUUUCUGUAAACAAAAUAAAGGUGUCCACUGAGGACGGAAUCUUUCCCACCUGGACCGCGGUGAAAAUUUUAACUCCUCUUUAACGACUUCAUGCACCACAGUCAACCUGAAGACAUGUCUGCGCUUCUGUCAAAAACAUCAAGAUUCCAUCCAAAUCAUGAAACUCAUUGUACCAAUCAGUCUUUAUGUUAAUGAUGACGGCAGGGGAAGAUGAUAUCAAUGAAGCUUUUUUGCAAUAUACUCUCACCUGCCUCGAUGGACUGUAUUUAGCAGCAUGUCGUUUGUGGAACAAAAAAAAAGAGAAAUGCUAACAGAUAGCUUUUCUGGCAUAUUUAGCCAUCUAUGGGUAAGUGAAUUGGGUGUUCAUCUUUAUUUUAUGAUCUAUUUUUUUCAUCUAUACAAUAAUUGUAAAUAAAGAACUCAAUGUCUUUGUUCA